AUGUGCUCCGGAGCAGGAACUGCUGAGAUGGCAAGGACACUGCUGCUCAAAACGGUGACUUCCUCAGGCCUUGUGCCCUUCACCCCAGAUAUCAAGACAGUGGCCAUGUGGGAACUCUCACCCUCCUGCCACCAGUUGAUCUUUGACAACCAUCGGUGGUGCUUGCGUGAAAGCGGUCAGCAGCACCCGACGCCGUGCUUAUUUCAAAACAUUUUGGACUUGAACGUGCCUGGAUGCUACAAGACAGCACACUCCUACAGGGGCAAGAAAGGUGCCAUUGUCGGGUCCUGGCUCCAGCAGGCCGCAGACUGUCUCGCGCACGCGUGCGAGUGCCCGCUGCCGCAGGGCGUUGACCUGGGCGUGUCAGGGCUUCCUUGCACGGACAUGUCAAGGGCUGGAAAGCGGAAGAAGCGGUUUGGCCCCACUGCGCCCGUGUACAUGACCCAUGCCAAGUUCUGCCAGAAGACUGGGGUCAAACUCCCGAUCCUAGAGUGCACGCCAGAGUUAGACAUGGACAUGGUGCAGGAUCUCCACGGUGACCGUUUCGAUUGGUACCAACUCUUCUUCCAGCCAGCUGAUUCCGGGUUCACCGCAGUCAACCGGACCCGGACCUACGCUAUUGGUUGCAACCGAGAGUAUUCCCAUUGCUUGUAUGACCCUUUUGAGCUGAAGGACAGCCUGGUUUCCAAGCUGCAAGGGGCCCUUCAACCCACGGAAGUGAAAGAUUUCCUGAUUGCCAGCCCCACCGAGAUCCAGUUGGAAGCCCAGCAGUUGGCUGCGAGACGCGGUGUUCAGUACCACGCCAACAUGGAAGAUCUAACCUACUUGUUGAGCAAGGCCGAGCUCCGUCGCCUACAAGAGUACAGGAAAGCCUACUGUCAACGAUUCCAGCAAGACCCGCAGAACGACGAAAACCUGAUCUGCUUUCUGGGAGACAACCCCAGCUACAGCCUUACGUGGUCAGCCAGUAGCGGUCGAUGCCCUACCUUUAGGGUAAACUCAAAGUCUGGCUUGUUUUGGCUUCCAGCCCAUUCCCGGUUUUUGACAAGCAAGGAGAAGCUUACCAUGAUGGGGUGGCCAGUUCACCCCCGAGUUGCCGAAGCUUUAGAUGUCCAUACAAUCCCUAGCCUUGAUGUGCUCAGGGCUGCCCAGCUAGCGGGCAACGCCAUGCAUAUGCAUAGCGUCGCGCUGGCGCAAAUGAUUGGGCUAAUGUGUUUUGGCCCCCUGGACAGCUCUUGUUGCAAAGUGUGA